ACACACACACACACACACACACUCCAACACACACUUGCACGCACAGAUCAGCGCAGGACCGCCGUACACACAACACUCUUCCUGGGAUAUGAACCCUCUCGCCAUCACCUGUCUCCUGUGCUUCGCAGUCUCCGGUGCUGGAGGUGCUCAGGGAUCUGAGGCCACGUUCUCCGUUGAACUAGCCCGAGUGACCGGGGGUCCGGCCUCUGGGGAGGGCCUCCAGACUUCGCUGGUCGACGAUGACGAGCUGGAGGUAGAUGAGGAGGUUUCGGGAGGGGACAACGACAAUUCCAGCCCUCUUGAACCACAUCCCGGUAACGAUGGGAAGAGGAAAAGGAAAGGCAAAGGCAAGAAGAAGAACAGGCACAGGAGCAAAAGCACGACGCCUCUCAGCCCCGAGCACGUGUUCUACACCAACGGAUACACGUCGACUCUCAGCACCACAGAGGAUCCCUGCACCUCCACCCACCUGAGCUACUGCAUCCACGGUUACUGCAAGUACAUAGAGGGCCUGCAGGAGCCAGUGUGCAUAUGUAUGAAGGGCUACGACGGGGAGCGCUGUGGGAUCCAGUCUCUGCCAAUUCAGACCCAGUCGGACCAGAUAAACAACACCGAGUUGGUGCAGACGGUCUUAGUGAUCAUCGCUGUGGUCCUGUCGGUCAUCAGCUGCACCGCCAUCCUGCUCAUGACUUGCGCUCAUUACAGGUCACAUAAAAACUUCCUGGCAUCCUACCUGGGAACUGGGACAGAGCAGGAGAAGCUACAGAAACCCACCGGGGACGUUGUGGUGUGAGGGCGUCAAGUUACGAGGUAGGUUUCACCGAAGUUUUGACUUCUUUACAGCUCAACAAUUAAUACUGCAUCAAUUCAAUUCUGACAACAUGCCAUUCAUAAAUCAUCUCAAUACCCUUAAACUUGAAAACUUUAAUUUACAUCUCACUAAAUAGUGAUGGUCCAAUCUAGUCAUGUCCAUGUCCUAAUCCAGCACAUGUCAAAUGUCCUUGUUAGUUUUUAGCAUAUUUAUUCAACCUCAUCCUGUCUUUCUAAAAGUCUGGGCAUCUUAGUCUUAUCUUAAUCGAAGAAAACCGUAACAAUUAAUAUCAUUUUAGUCAAUGAACACUGGUGACGUUUUUUAACAUAUACAUAUAUUGAACAUUUCAGUCAAUCUAGUCUAUUCAAAAUAUCUCUUUGUUUCUUUCUCCAAAGCCCUGUAUUUGUAAUAAGAUACUCCGAGUUCUCCUGACUGUGCUCUGUGUGUGCUGCCGGUGUGGUCUGAAACGGAAGCAUUGAAAAAGAAAAGAGCUGUAAAAAAAAUCUAUGAGCUAACGUUUCGUCAUUUUGUUUAAUCCUAUUGCUAACAAGUCUUUUUCGUCAACAAUGUUGCAUGUUGAUAGUGUUUAUUGUAGUUGGUGUCGGUCUUGUCUUUGUCAUUGAAAAGCUUUGUUGACGAACAUAUUCAGUCAGCGAUGUCGUUAACGAGGUUAAGUUCAGUAAGAUUCAACCAAUGCUAGCCUAAGUAGCUAGUUAGCUGUAGCUGUUAAAAUCUACUGGCAACAUUUCAGCGGAAAACAGCCAGUUAUCAACUAUAAUCAAGGAGCAAUUGUUUUAAAAAUUACAACAUCUAAUUAAUUAAUAAUAAUAAAUGAAUUAAUCAAUUACUAUGGUAAAUCUAGAAUGGAAUAAUCAACAGCCAUAGCAACAGUAACUAAGGUCAACGGGGCUCAGCAAGCAGUCAAUUGCUGGGACUCCAAAUGAAAACCCAAAACAAUCAAGCUGAUGCUGUGUUAACGCCAUUUCCGCAAACGUACUGUGAUGCUGUAAGAAGGUCGUGCAACGGUGUAUAUGUUGGUGAUUUAUUUCUUCCAAAAGUCUUGCUUAAGUCCUCAGAGGGCGGUGUCGGGCCGCUCUGCUCACGUGAGCCUUAAGCCAAACAGGAAAGAGUGGGCUCAGAGAGUGACGGAAGAUCCUGUACGCCUGUUGUUGUUGUUAUUGAACACACCGGGUUGCAUCACGCAGAGAGGAAUCCCCACUGGAGGAAUUAGCCGGGAUUAGCUCGGGGGAUGUCACGGCCUGUCCCAUCGCUGCACCGGCGCAUACCAGUGUAAAGAAAAACCACUGGCUCGGAUCGUACACAUUCACCUGUGCGUCAAAACAAUAACAGUACUGACACACUGACUCGACACGCGAUGACCCUGAUGUAACAGCUUAAUCACUCCACUUAUUUGCGUGUCUAUGUUCCCUCAACAAUAUGUUCCCUGGGAACAGUACCUCCUCCGGUGCCAUGACGUUGUUCCAACGGCCCAUUAUGCUAAAUCCCCAAUCGUUGGAAAAAUGUCCCAUUGGACCGAAAUCCUUUUCAUCCGACAACCCUGUUAUCCUGAAAACAAACGUCCGUUGUUCCAAAGACCCAUU